UUGUUCUCAUCUAUGAGGUUAAUGGCUAGCUUAAUAGUAUGUGUUGGGAAGGAGGAUGUGUUUGACUGCGUGUCAUGACAUAGCUUUUUAGCCCAUACGUAGAUCGUUAACUACUACGGUGUUAGCUACAAGAACGGAAGUUGGCUAAAAGUUGUGCAUUUAGCCUCCUCCUGCCUGGAUGUUAGAGCUGUGAUGGUGGUGUGUCCCCUGCCUUCAUUGUGACUCGUGUCCACCACCUUCCUCUCCCUGCCCAGUGUGUGUGCCACCAUUUCACCAUGACCCUGCAUCUUCUCCUCGUCCUGUCCCCUGUCCUUGGGCUCCUGGUGCUACCUUGUCUGUCAUCCCAUGUGGCCAGCCAGUUCAGCAUUGUGGCCAGCCAGACAAUGACAGAGCAAACCCAUUGCUCUGAAGCAUGCUCACUCAAUAUGACAUGUGAUCAUGCGGUCUUUUGGAAAGAGAAGUCCACCUGCUUUUUCUUGACAUGUCCAAAUUGCACCAACUGUAGCAGUAUCUCCGUCGCUGACCUGAUAAGGGAACAAGAAACAGACAUCAGUGUUUUUAAGAGAGACGCUAUACAUGUCACUCAGUCUUCAAGUUCCGUAACUCCGUCAGAAAGCCAACAUAAGAACACUACUGCGCAUAAAUUGACAGUCGGCAAUAAUGCCAAUCAAACUACACAAACCUCUGCCCUCAAUGAGGCCGGCUCUACCUCACAGCACAGCGAUGCUGGUCAGGCUCCAACUGCUGGAGACUCUCCUGAUGUCUUAACUGCAUCUACCAUGAAUGCAGCACCUUUGCCAGCUCUCAAGAAUGACACAGCAACUACACUAUCUGAGACAUCCCACAAGUCAAAGGUCCAAAGUCCAGUAACAACCACAGCCACUUCAGUAAAGCUGGAAUCUAUUACUGUUAUGACUCCACCAGCCAUCACACAGAUAAUGACAAUAACGGAAUCAGAAACCACAGCAACCACCACUAUGACUACUACCACCACAACAGCAAUGUCAUCUACUACCAAUACCACCACAACACAACCAACUACCACCAAAACAACAAUACCAACAACUGCCACCACAAUAAAAACAACAGCAUUACCGUCAACUACCACUCCAAAAACAACCACCACCGCAGACACGCCUACAGAUGAGAAGAAUCCGUCACCAACCAUUCCGGAGGCCCCCAGCUCUCAAGCUACCUCCGGAAAUGCCAUGGUUCCUUCAACCGCCACUGCUGAGGUCAGCACAAAAAGGCUGGACGAAGACACCAACAGAGCCAUUAUAGAUGUUGUUGCCGGCGAGAUUCUGACUCGCCAGUUGGUGGACACAAGCGCUCUAUUGGCUGUUCUCUUGUUUGGCCUCCUCUUCUUCCUAGUUACAGUUGUUCUCUUCCUCACACAGGCCUAUACGAGCUACAGGAGGAAAGACUACAACCAGGUGGACUAUCUCAUCAAUGGAAUGUAUUCUGAUUCAGGCGUUUAAAAGUGAUAGUUGAGUGUUUACAUUUCAACAUGGUUCGGUUAUUUCUAUUUUUACAUUUUCUUUAUCGGAAAGGGUUAAUAACAUACAUGAGUUAAGAGAUUGUCAAUGUUGCAGCAGCCUUUGCCCUAGUAUUGUGUAACAUUUCUGUCUUAAAGGUACUCCAGCAUACAGAGAUUAUUCAAAUGUAAGUUGCCCCUGCUGUUGUAUCACCACAUUGGUUUGUUAGUCCUAUAUUUCUAUGUCUUACAUUUCUAUGCAGAUUAGUAUUCCACCUCAAACCAAUAGGAUUAUGGCCAUAGACUGUUAAAUUUAAAAAAAAAUGGUGAAUAUCAUUCUGAGUUCUGUGGAAAAGGUUUAUUGGUGUAGCUUUAUUUACAUCUCUGGUAUUUCAUUUAUUGUACAUUUUUCACUUGUAUGUAUCCAUUGCUUUGUGUACGUUUUUGUACAUUUCUUCAUGUUAUUUUCCUUUGUUCACGACUUGCAUGUUUCCUUUGUUUACCAUUCCUGUCCUUGGAUUAAGAUUGAAGGCCAAAAUGAUCAUUGUAGCACUGAAGCACAUUAACGUUAAAGCCAAGGGAAUUGUCUAGCCAUUUAUGAACUCCAUUCCAUGACGAAGAAGAAGGAACGGUUAUAUGAUAACCAAGAGAGACUUUCCAAUGUGGAGGAACUUCUGUCAAGGUUGGAAACGGGUCUGAAGGCCUGUUAUGUGCCAAUUUAAAUCUUACUAAUGUGCUAUGAGAUGUUAUUUCCAGUAAAGAAAACAAUUAAGAAUGAAA